UGCUCCGAAGGAAGCUACAAUGGGGUCAAAGGAGCAAACCCAGAUCGUCAAAGGAAAAAGAACCAAACGUCAGAGACCACAAUCUCCAAUCCCUUCCAUCUUCCCCACUGACCAAACCCAUCAUCUUCAUCACCUCGCCGGGGAAGAAUUACUUUCAGGGUUUGAUUAUAAUUCCGAAAACAACGAGACCCACAACCUGCACUCCCCAAGUUCUUGUUCCAAUCACAGCAAGGAUCAGGUGGAAGAAGAAGACAUGGCCAAUUGCUUGAUCUUGCUCGCUCAAGGUCAAUCCAGAGAUAAUCAUAAUAAUCACAAUAACAAGUCUCCGACCACCGGUGGAGGCGGCGGCGGCGGCGAUAUAUGUAAAUUCAAUAGCAGGAGAUUUCUGGAAACAGCUUCAAAUGGAAAUGGAUCAAAAGCUGGGUACUUUGUCUAUGAGUGCAAGACUUGUAAUCGUACUUUCCCUUCUUUUCAGGCACUAGGAGGCCAUCGAGCCAGUCACAAGAAACCCAAACCCACCACCUUGUAUGAUCACAAGAAGCAGAAUUUAUCAGAUGAAGAAGAAAAUCAUGGUCAAUUCAGAAACCUUUCUCUUCUUUCUCUGCAACUCAGUAAUAAUACCCAUAACCCUAAUAGGUCUAAUCAAUAUAACACCACCACCAACAAAAGUGGGAAUAAGGUUCAUGAGUGCUCAAUUUGUGGUGCCGAGUUCACUUCCGGCCAGGCCUUGGGUGGUCACAUGAGACGGCAUAGAGGCACCGUGGGUAGCUCCUCCGGCGCCGGCGCCGGCGCCGCCACUGCGUUGUCGUUGACACCAGUCUCCGUCUGUGGCGUUUUGGAAUCUGACCAUCAUCACCAGCGUCAUCAUCCGGCGAAGAAAGCAAGAACCGCUUUGUCUUUAGAUUUGGAUCUCAACCUCCCGGCACCGGAAGAUGAUAAUCGGGAACCGGAAUUUUCUUUGGGUAAUUCAAAGCAACAAGAAAAGCAGCAGAAGUCACCGCUUGUCUUCUCCGCCCCAACUUUGGUGGAUUGUCAUUACUGAGAAGAGGUCAAAAUUCUUUCUUCUUUUUGUUUUUGUUUUUACAGUUUUUUUAACCUUGA